AUAAUUAUUGUGCACGUCACGAGAAUUGCUUUUCUUGCAAUGAUAGGUGAUGCAAUUUUGGCGGCACACUUUGGUCCUUGUAAAAGAUUUACAUGCAUUUAUAUAUUGUUUUUCUGAUAUUCAUCAAUAAAUAAAUACUCGUUAGCUUUGCUGGUUGUACCAGUAAUAAUUGGUAGGGAAAGAAAAUGUGAUAAAAUUAUUUCCAUUCUUUAAGGUUAUGUUCGCAUGAUGAUAAGAAUAUUUUCUUUAUCAAUAUGUAUUUAUGUAUGUAGUAUAUUGUAUUUUUGAUUAUGUGCAUCGUUUAUAAUGUCCGUGAGUUUAUUUUUUGUGCUUAAUUUGCUGAAAAAGUAAAAUGCUAUACAAUUUCUUAUAAGUAUAAAAAUUCGUUCAACUAAAAUGGAAGCAAAGAGAAAAUACCGAACAUUAAAAUGUGCAACACAAGCCGAAAUUCUAAGAUCGCAUCAAAGAGAUGAUGAUUUCAUUAAACAUUUAAGGGAAAAAAUUGUCGAUUUUCUACAUAUAUUUGGAAGACAAAAAGGCUUGUUAUCCAUUAUUCAUUCUGAUGUUCCAUUUAAAUUAAUUUAUUUCUUUUUUACAUCUGGAAUGGGUAAUCAAACAUUAGGCGAAGAAUAUACUGGUAUUGUACAAGCAAAUUUAAGAGCUUAUAAAGUUCCAUCACUGUUUGCAAGGGUAGUGGCAGUAAUUUUGGAAUGUUUUGGGGAAAAGACAUUAUUAAAAUUAUUGAAAAAAUUGGAACUAUCAAUUAAUCAUCCUCAUUCACAGUUAACACCUACAGCUGUAUUAUUUCUGAACUCUUUUAUAUCAAAAAUAUGUAGCUUGAUACCUACUUUCAUAGUAGUACAUAAGGGAUUAUUUUAUUUAUUUGGUCAAUAUUAUAGUCUGGGUAAAAGAAUAGCAGGAAUAGAUUAUGCAAAGGUGUACGGUCGCCGUCCAACUGAUAGCAUAAGUUGGGGAUUAAGAUUAUUAGGAGUUGCUACACUUGUACAGUGUGCAUUAAAGAUCUGGCAAAACAGUAACAUCACAAAUGAUGUUGAUAAAUAUAUAGUAACUGAUGACAGACAUAGUAAAUUAUUGUGUCAGUUGUGUCUUGAAAAAAUACCAACAACUACUACACCAUGUGGUCAUAUGUUUUGUUGGUUUUGCCUUACCGAUUGGUUGAACUCUAAACCACAGUGUCCCUUCUGCAGAGAACAUGUUGUACCUUCAAGAAUUGUGCAUGUAAUGAAUUUGUAAUUUUUUUAAAUAUUCGAAAAUGAUUAAAUGAAGAAAUUGCAAAAAAA